UGUCCAAAAAUCAGACUGUAACUCUCUAGAACUAUUGUUACAAUACAAGGUGUUGAGUUUUUAGUGUUAGAAUUUUGUGAUGUGAGAGUUGUGUGAUUUAAAGAAUUGUAGUAUUAAAUUUUGAGAUAAAUGUCAGAAACUAAAUGCGGAGCGAAGGUCACAUUUAAAAUCGUUCUAGCUUCGGAUGCCAAUCAGCCAUAUAAAGUUUUGUCCGUGCCUGAACAGGCGCCAUUUUCUGCAGUAAUUAAAUUCGCCGCUGAAGAAUUUAGGCUUAAUCCAGCCACUUGUGCUAUUAUUACCAACGACGGUGUUGGUAUAAACCCUACCCAAACUGCAGGCGGAGUGUUCCUUAAAUAUGGAUCGAAUUUAAGACUAAUUCCAAGAGAUAGAGUUGGAUUUUAUUACUAAUGUAGUAUACACACAUA